AGGGCCCGUCCAGGUCCGAGGCCUCAGUGAGGGAGCAACGGGCGCUGGUGACAGCAGCGAGGGGGAAGUUUGAACUAGCGACGCGAAGCAGAAGGACGGGAACAGGAGGGAAAAACAGGACUCGGGACCGGAGCCGAGGCCGCGCGGCUGGGGCUGAGCUAAGAUGCUGACAGAGAACAAGACAACAGCCAUGUUUUCAGCCAGACCAGAGUCCCGGCUGUAAAAGACAGGCGGAGGUCGCCCCCCUCCAGCAGAUCCCCCCCCGCUUCACAGCGCAACCCUCACCUCAGCGGCUCCACCGAGGAACAGGAGAGUCCAGAGAGAGUGGUGCAGAAGGAAAAGCUCCAUGCAGAGUUAAAGCAGGUGCUGAGUCAGAAGCGAAGUCACCUGAGGCAGUCGAGCUGCCAGCUGGCCCAACCGGAGAUGGACCCGGAACCUGCAGACGAACUGGCCAGUGUGGACGAGGCCUUGAAGUCCCUGGAAAUAGUGGUGGAGACGGAGGCGGAGGCUGGAGCCAGUGGCUACAGUGUGACGGGUGGAGGAGAGCGAGGGAUUUUUGUUAAAGACGUCCUCAGAGACUCUCCAGCUGCCAAACACCUCAGUCUGCAGCAAGGUGACCAGCUACUAAGCGCCAAAGUCUACUUUGACAAUGUGAAGUAUGAAGACGCUCUUAAGAUCCUUCAGUGUGCAGAACCAUACAAGGUCAGCUUCCAGCUGAAGAGGACCAUCCCUGGAGCAGAGGUCAACGUGCGACCUCGCGUUCCCAGUGUAGAGGUCAAAGGUCCCAAGGCCAAGAUGCCCAAAAUGAGUGUGAAGGGCACAAAGCCUUUCAAGGUUAAGAAAAAAAGAGGUGGUCGUUUUGGUCUGAAGAGGCUGAAAGAGAAGCAAAGAGAGGAGCUUGUGAUAGAGGGUACGCCCCCCCGGCUGGAGGUGAGCGACGUGGACGUGGAGUUUUCCCUCCCCAAAUUCAAACAGAGGCAGAUUGCAGAUGUGGAAGCAGAAGAGGGAACAGCAGCCUUGGGAAAGUCAAAGAGGAAGAUCAGGUUUCCUCGAAUAAAACCAAAGGCUUACGCUGGAGGAGAGAGUGGAGGAAAAGUGGAAACAGGACAUGUGACCGUCUCUCCAGCUGAGACACACGGAACAAAAUUAAAAAGCAAAGGAAAAGGACACAAGUUUGGAAUAAGCUUCCCGAAAUCCAAACACACAAAGUCCAGCUCAGCUCUGGAAUCUGUGGAACUAAAGCCCCCAAGUGUGGCCGUCCAGCCACCUUCAGUGGAAUUCAGUUUGUCUGGAGAUAAAAUCGUUGAUGUGGAGAAGAAAGAGCCAGAUGUGGAGUUUGCUCUGCCGUCAGGAAAAGCUACAAAACCUGAGAUCAAAGGUGGUGUAGAUGCAGCUGAGGCUCAGGAUGACGUAGACAUCGUCAAAGGAGACGCAAAGCUCAGGAUGCCAAGGUUGAAAUUACCUAAAGUUAAGCUCUUGCGUCAUUCAGAUGAGAUAGAUGGUGACAUCAAGGUCAAAUCCAAAGGGGUGAUAAUGCCCUGCGCUGACGUGACUCCUCCAAAGGUCGAACUCCAAGGAGCUAGAGAAGUCCUCAAACCAAAGGUGGAGUGUGAACUCUCAGGAAAGGCUGAGUCUAUUCAAAUUCCCUCUGUUGACAUUUCUUUACCAAAUAUGAAGGGAAUGUCUUACGUGGACGUCUCUCUCCCAGAGUUAAAAGGAGCUGCUAUGCCUGACAUCAACGUUUCUGUGCCUGAUGUUGAUGUGGAAGUAAACACUGGGCGGCGAAUUCCUGAUGAGGUGGAGGGCACCUUUAAAGGACCCAAAGUGUCCAUGCCAGCGGUUGAUAUCUCAUUUCCAAAAAUGGUAUCACCUGAUGUGGAUAUUAAAUGUCCAGAAGGUGCAGGAAAAUUAACUCUACCAUCUGUUGACAUCUCUCUACCAAAGAUGAAAACUGAGGCUUCUGACGUAAAUAUGGAUUAUUACGUUGGCGGUGAUGGAAAGUUCAAAAUGCCUGAUUUUGACAUAACUCUCCCAAACAUGGGCGCAGCAGAAGGAGAAGUAGGUAUAGAGGGACUAGCAGGAGAAGAAGGCUUCAGGUUGCCCAAAGUAGACUUAACUCUUCCUAAAGGAAACACAGGAACACCUUCAGUUGAUUUGUCUCUCCCUGAAAUGAAGAGCAGUGAGCGGGACGUUGAUAUUAAAGGCCCAAAAAUAAAAACUGGUAAAAUUGAAAUGCCAGCACUAGAUGUUUCUCUGCCUAAAGGCCAAAUAAAGGAAAGUAUAGAAGUUAAAGGGGGGGAAAUCAAAAUACCUAAACUUGAAUGUCCCGAACCCCCAGCCGUUGACCUUUCACUGCCCAAUGACGGUGUGGAGUGUAGUGGUGGCGGCAAAGUCAACUUCAAUAUGCCAACUUUGGAUCUGUCACUCCCAACAAUCAAAGCCAAGGGAGCAGAAGCUGAUGUUGAAAAACCCGAUAUAAAGAGAGUAGUGCAGUUCAACACUGCACCACUCAGCGUAGGAUUACCAGAAGGAGAAGUACAGGCUGAAGGUCCUGAAGGAAAAACCAGACAUUUCCAGAUGCCUUCCUUAGAUGUGUCACUACCAAAGAUUGAUGUUGGAUCAGGUCCAGAGUUUAAAGUCAAAUCACCCAAAGUAGACUUGCAUCUAAAUGAGACUGGAAUUGGAGGAGGGAAGAUUAAAAUGCCCAAAAUGGACGUCUCUCUUCCAAAAGGCAAAGCUGAGGCUAAAAUAGAUAUUUCUGAACCCACUGGAAUAGGAGGCAAGUUUCAGAUGCCUGCAUUCGAUGUAUCUUUACCAAAGAUGCAUGAGGGACCUUCACUUGACAUUUCUAUUCCGAAAGGAAACGCACAUGGAGACAUUGAUAGUGACUUCAAUGGGCUUCCCCAAGGAAAAAUGAAAGACGGUAUAAACAUUGAAGAUCCUGGCGUUACGAGAGGUCAAUUUAAAAUGCCCAAAAUUGACACUUUACUUCCACAAACGGACGUGUCAAAGGGGGAUGUCGACAUAGAAAUUCAAAAAAUGAAAUCACCAGAUGUAGAUAUGAGACCUGAGGACCCAGAUUUAAAUGUGCCAACUGUUGACGUUUCACUCCCCAAAGCCAAAGGCAACACAGGCAUAAAUGUUGACCAGCCUGAGGGGAAACACGGGCAGAUCAAAAUGCCCAAGUUUGAUAUUUCAUUACCAAAAGUGAAUUUCCCUGAAGAUGAUGUAAAAUUCAAAGGGCCAGACAUUAAGGGAAGGAAGAUUGAGCUGCCAGAUAUUGAUAUUUCUUUACCAAAAGGCAAAGGAGUAGAGAUUGAAGGACAUCCUGGAAAAGGAGGCAAGUUCCACAUGCCGUCUGUUGAUAUCUCGCUUCCUAAGAAAAACAUUGACAUUGACGUCCCUAAAUUAGAUCUUGACCUCAGCCUCCCAUCUGGUCUGAAGCACACCAGCGCUGACUUACAUUGCACCACUCCUGGUGCAGCAGGAGGUUUGGAAAUGAAACCAGCUAAGGUAAAGGUUACAGGUGCAGAUGUUGAGACAGAUGUAGAAGCAGCAUCUCUCAAGCUUCCUACUCUCAAAUUACCAACAAUUGAUAUUUCAGCUCCAAAAAUGGAUUUAGACUUUGCUCUCAACAAAAAUACAGAUGAUGAUGUGAAGCUUUUGAAGGCUGAAGGAGGUAGACCAUCUUCAGGUGGAAGCUUUAAUCUACCCAGUGUGUCCCUCAAAGGGCCAAGUUUCUCACUUCCUAGACUUGGUGGAAUUUCAGGAAAAGGGCCCAAAAAAAAGGUUUCCCUCACUCCACCAGACCAAGAAAUGAGGGCACCCUCUGUAGAAUUUGAUGGUGAUGGAAAAGUCAAGUUGAAAAAAAGUAAAAUUAAAAUGCCCUUAUUUGGAAUAUCCAAAAAGGAUUCAGAUUCGUCAGUCUCUUGUCCUGAUGUGGAUGUUAGGGCAAAAAAAGGAAAAAUUAACAUUUCUAAACCAGGACUCAAUGUCGAAACCCCUGACGAUAAAGCAAAAUACAAAGUAAAGUUCCCAAAAUUUAAAAUAGCAGGAUCUAAGGUUCAGCUGCCAGAAGGAGAGCCUGAUGCUAAGCUGGAAGCAGACAUGGAGGAGAAAGGUGUGUCUGAUGUGUCUAUGAAACUCCCAAGGUUCUCUAUGCCAGGAUUUAGCUCUAAAGAAAAAGAUUUAGCUAAAAAAAGUUGUGACUCCGGAGGCAAAGCCAAACUUCAGAUGCCCUCAGUCGAGCUGUCACUACCAUCUGUUAAAACACCAGAGAAAGAGGUUCUUCUCUCUAAGGCAGAAAUUGAUGUUUCAGAAGCUGACCUCAGACAUUACGAAGGAAACCUCAAAAUUCCCAAAAUACCAGCUAUUGAUGUUUCAAUCCCUAAAAUAGAUCUGGAUGUGUCCCUGCCUAAAGGAAAGUCCCCAAACAUCGAAGGACCAGAUGUGCAGAUAGGUCUUGUUGGACCGGAUGUUGACAGAGAUGGCAAGUUAAGAAUACCUAGUCUAAAAAUACCUGAUGUUGACAUUACUUUGCCAAAAAUCAAAACUGGGGAUACUGAUGCACCAAAUAUAGAACUAAAGGGGGUGGGAGGUGAGCCUAAAUUCCCAGUACCUCAAUUUAAAAUGCCUUCGGUAGACAUUUCACUGCCUAAAGCAAAAAUUGAAGGUCCAGAAGUUGAAAAGAAGGGUGACUCUGGAAAGUUCAAAAUGCCUUACAUGAAAAUUCCAGAUGUUGAUCUCUCACUGCCCAAAGGGAAAACUGAAGGUCCGGAUGUGGAGGUCAAAGGCAAAGAUAGAAAAUUUAAGAUGCCACAUCCGAGCAUGCCCUCUCUGGAUGUUUCACUGCCAAAAGGAAAGAUUGAAGGCCCAGAAAUUGAUGACCUCUCACUGCCCAAAGGAACUAUUGAAGGACCAGAUGUCAAAAUUAAGGGACAAGGUGGAAAGAUCACGAUGCCUCACAUCACCAUGCCCUCAGUGGACAUUUCACUGCCUAGAGGCAAAAUUGAAGGCCCAGAAGUUGAAAUAGAGGGAGGUGUUGGUGGAAAAAUGCCCCACCUAAAAAUGGCAGAUGUUGAUCUUUCAUUGCCCCAAGGAAAUAUUGAAGGUCCAGAUGUCAGCACGGGAGAGGGUGGGAAAUUCAAGCUGCCACGCAUUAGCAUGCCUUCAGUAGAUAUUUCCCUGCCUAAAGGAGGUUUCAAAGGACCCGAGUUUGAGGGAAAUGCAAGACAAGCAUUAGAAAUGCCAGAUGUUGAUCUCUUACUGCCCAAAGGAAAGAUUGAAGGUCCAGAUGUUGCCAUUAAGGGAGAAGGUGGGAAAAUCAAGAUACCUCACAUCAGCAUGCCUUCACUUGAUAUUUCACUGCCUAAAGGAGUAUUGAAAGGACCUGAGGUUGAGGGAAAUGUAAAAGGAGCAUUGGAAAUGCCAGAUGUUGAUCUCUCACUGCCCAAAGGAAAAAUUGAAGGUCCAGAUGUUGACAUUAAAGGAGAAGGGGGAAAGAUCAAGAUGCCUCACAUCAGCAUGCCUUCUGUUGAUUUUUCACUGCCAAAAGGAGGAUUCAAAGGACCUGAGGUUGAGGGAGACACAGGAGGAAAGAUCAAGAUGCCACACAUCAGCAUGCCUUCACUUGAUAUUUCAUUGCCUAAAGGCAAAAUUGAAGGCCCUGAAGUUGAACUCGAGGGAGGUGUCAGUGGAAAAAUGCCACAACUAAAAAUGCCAGAUGUUGAUCUCUCACUUCCCAAAGGAAAAAUCGAGGGUCCAGAUGUCAACGUUAAAGGGCAAGGUGGAAAAUUCAAGAUGCCACACAUUAAUAUGCCUUCUGUUGAUAUUUCACUGCCUAAAGGACAAUUCAAGAGACCUGAGGUUGAGGGAGAUGCAAGAGGAGCAUUAGAAAUGCCAGAUGUUGAUCUCUCACUACCCACAGGAAAGAUCGAGGGUCCAAAUGUUGGCAUUGAGAGAGAAGGUGGAAAAUUCAAGAUGCCUCACAUCAGCAUGCCCUCAAUAGAUAUUUCACUGCCUAAAGGAGGAUUCAAAGGACCUGAGGUUGAGGGAGACACAGGAGGAAAGAUCAAGAUGCCACACCUAAAAAUGCCAAAUAUUGAUCUCUCACUGCCCAAAGGAAAGAUUGAAGGUCCAGAUGUUGACAUUAAAGGAGAAGGUGGAAAAUUCAAGAUGCCACACAUCAGCAUGCCCUCAGUUGAUAUUUCACUGCCUAAAGGAGGAUUCAAAGGAAUUGAGGUUGAGGGAGACACAGGAGGAAAUAUCAAAAUGCCAGAUGUUGAUCUUUCAUUGCCCAAAGGAAAAAUCGAGGGUCCAGAUGUCAUAGUUAAGGGGCAAGGUGGAAAAUUCAAAAUGCCACACAUCAACAUGCCUUCUGUUGAUAUUUCACUGCCCAAAGGAGGAUUCAAAGAACCGGAGGUUGAGAGAGAUGCAAGAGGAGCAUUAGAAAUGCCAGAUGUUGAUCUCUCACUGCCCAAAGGAAAGAUUGAAGGUCCAGAUGUUGACGUUAAAGGAGAAGGAGGAAAGAUCAAGAUGCCUCACAUCAGCAUGCCCUCAGUUGAUAUUUCACUGCCUAAAGGAGGAUUCAAAGGACCUGAGGUUGAGGGAGAUGCAGGACGAAAGAUCAAGAUGCCACACCUAAAAAUGCCAGAUGUUGAUCUCUCACUGCCCAAAGGAAAGAUUGAAGGUCCAGAUGUUGACGUUCAAAGAGAAGGGGGAAAGAUCAAGAUUCCUCACAUCAGUAUGCCUUCAGUUGAUAUUUCAUUGCCUAAAGGCAAAAUUGAAGGUCCUGAACUAGAGGGAGCUGUUAGUGGAAAAAUGCCACACCUAAAAAUGCCAGAUGUUGAUCUCUCACUGCCCAAAGAAAAAAUCGAGGGUCCAGAUGUCAACGUUAAGGGAAAAGGUGGGAAAUUCAAGAUGCCACACAUCAGCAUGCCUUCAGUAGAUAUUUCACUGCCUAAAGGAGGAUUCAAAGGACCUGAGGUUGAGGGAGAUGCAAGAGGAGCAUUAGAAAUGCCAGAUGUUGAUCUCUCAUUGCCCAAAGGAAAGAUUGAAGGUCCAGGUGUUGACGUUAAAGGAGAAGGAGGAAAGAUCAAGAUGCCUCACAUCAGCAUGCCCUCAGUUGAUAUUUCACUGCCUAAAGGAGGAUUCAAAGGACCGGAGGUUGAGGGAGACUCGGGAGGAAAGAUCAAGAUGCCUCACAUCAGCAUGCCUUCUGUUGAUAUUUCACUGCCCAAAGGAGGAUUCAAAGGACCUGAGGUUGAGGGAGAUGCAAGAGGAGCAUUAGAAAUGCCAGAUGUUGAUCUCUCACUGCCCAAAGGAAAAAUCAAGGGUCCAGAUAUCAAAGUUAAGGGGGAAGGUGAAAAAUUCAAAAUGCCACACAUCAGCAUACCUUCAGUUGAUAUUUCAUUGCCUAAAGGAGGAUUCAAGGGACCUGAGGUUGAGGGAGAUGCAGGAGGAAAGAUCAAGAUGCCGCACAUCAGCAUGCCUUCAGUUGAUAUUUCAUUGCCUAAAGGCAAAAUUGAAGGUCCUGAAGUUGAACUAGAGGGAGGUGUUAGUGGAAAAAUGCCACACCUAAAAAUGCCACAUGUUGAUCUCUCACUGCCCAAAGAAAAAAUCGACGGUCCAGAUGUCAACGUUAAGGGAAAAGGUGGGAAAUUCAAGAUGCCACACAUCAGCAUGCCUUCUGUUGAUAUUUCACUGCCUAAAGGAGAAUUAAAAGGACCUGAGGUUGAGGGAGACACAGGAGGAAAUAUCAAAAUGCCAGAUGUUGAUCUUUCAUUGCCCAAAGGAAAAAUCGAGGGUCCAGAUGUCAAAGUUAAGGGGGAAGGUGGAAAAUUCAAGAUGCCACACAUCAACAUGCCUUCUGUUGACAUUUCACUGCCUAAAGGAGGAUUCAAAGGACCUGAGGUUGAGGGAGACACAGGAGGAAAUAUCAAAAUGCCAGAUGUUGAUCUUUCAUUGCCCAAAGGAAAAAUCGAGGGUCCAGAUGUCAAAGUUAAGGGGGAAGGUGGAAAAUUCAAGAUGCCACACAUCAACAUGCCUUCUGUUGACAUUUCACUGCCUAAAGGAGGAUUCAAAGGACCGGAGGUUGAGGAAGAUGCAGGAGAAAAGAUCAAGAUGCCACACCUAAAAAUGCCAGAUGUUGAUCUCUCACUGCCCAAAGGAAAGAUUGAAGGUCCAGAUGUUGACAUUAAAGGAGAAGGAGGAAAGAUCAAGAUGCCUCACAUCAGCAUGCCCUCAGUGGACAUUUCACUGCCUAGAGGCAAAAUUGAAGGUCCUGAAGUUGAACUAGAGGGAGGUGUUAGUGGAAAAAUGCCACACCUAAAAAUGCCAGAUGUUGAUCUCUCACUGCCCAAAGGAAAAAUCGAGGGUCCAGAUGUUGGCAUUAAGGGAAAAGGUGGGAAAUUCAAGAUGCCACACAUCAGCAUGCCUUCAGUUGAUAUUUCAUUGCCUAAAGGAGAAUUAAAAGGACCUGAGGUUGAGGGAGACACAGGAGGAAAUAUCAAAAUGCCAGAUGUUGAUCUUUCAUUGCCCAAAGGAAAAAUCGAGGGUCCAGAUGUCAAAGUUAAGGGGGAAGGUGGAAAAUUCAAGAUGCCACACAUCAACAUGCCUUCUGUUGACAUUUCACUGCCUAAAGGAGGAUUCAAAGGACCGGAGGUUGAGGGAGAUGCAGGAGAAAAGAUCAAGAUGCCACACCUAAAAAUGCCAGAUGUUGAUCUCUCACUGCCCAAAGGAAAGAUUGAAGGUCCAGAUGUUGACAUUAAAGGAGAAGGAGGAAAGAUCAAGAUGCCUCACAUCAGCAUGCCCUCAGUGGACAUUUCACUGCCUAGAGGCAAAAUUGAAGGUCCUGAAGUUGAACUAGAGGGAGGUGUUAGUGGAAAAAUGCCACACCUAAAAAUGCCAGAUGUUGAUCUCUCACUGCCCAAAGGAAAAAUCGAGGGUCCAGAUGUUGGCAUUAAGGGAAAAGGUGGGAAAUUCAAGAUGCCACACAUCAGCAUGCCUUCAGUUGAUAUUUCAUUGCCUAAAGGAGAAUUAAAAGGACCUGAGGUUGAGGGAGACACAGGAGGAAAUAUCAAAAUGCCAGAUGUUGAUCUUUCAUUGCCCAAAGGAAAAAUCGAGGGUCCAGAUGUCAAAGUUAAGGGGGAAGGUGGAAAAUUCAAGAUGCCACACAUCAACAUGCCCUCUGUUGACAUUUCACUGCCUAAAGGAGGAUUCAAAGGACCGGAGGUUGAGGGAGAUGCAGGAGAAAAGAUCAAGAUGCCACACCUAAAAAUGCCAGAUGUUGAUCUCUCACUGCCCAAAGGAAAGAUUGAAGGUCCAGAUGUUGACAUUAAAGGAGAAGGAGAAAAGAUCAAGAUGCCUCACAUCAGCAUGCCCUCAGUGGACAUUUCACUGCCUAGAGGCAAAAUUGAAGGUCCUGAAGUUGAACUAGAGGGAGGUGUUAGUGGAAAAAUGCCACACCUAAAAAUGCCAGAUGUUGAUCUCUCACUGCCCAAAGGAAAAAUCGAGGGUCCAGAUGUUGGCAUUAAGGGAAAAGGUGGGAAAUUCAAGAUGCCACACAUCAGCAUGCCUUCAGUUGAUAUUUCAUUGCCUAAAGGAGAAUUAAAAGGACCUGAGGUUGAGGGAGACACAGGAGGAAAUAUCAAAAUGCCAGAUGUUGAUCUUUCAUUGCCCAAAGGAAAAAUCGAGGGUCCAGAUGUCAAAGUUAAGGGGGAAGGUGGAAAAUUCAAGAUGCCACACAUCGCCAUGCCAUCAGUAGAUGUUUCACUGCCUAAAGGCAAGAUUGAAGGCCCUGAAGUUGAACUAGAGGGAGGUAUUGGUGGGAAAAUGCCACAGCUAAAAUUGCCAGAUGUUGAUCUCUCACUGCCCAAGGGACAAAUUGAGGGUCCAGAUGUCGACGUUAGGGGGCAAGGUGGAAAAUUCAAGAUGCCACACCUAAAAAUGCCAGAUGUUGAUCUCUCACUGCCCAAAGAAAAGAUUGAAGGUCCAGAUGUUGGCAUUAAAGGAGAAGGUGGGAAAUUUAAGAUGCCACAAAUCAGCAUACCUUCAGUAGAUAUUUCACUGCCUAAGGGAGGAUUCAAAGGACCAGAGGUUGAGGGAGAUACAAGAGGAGCAUUAGAAAUGCCAGAUGUUGAUCUCUCACUGCCUACAGGAAAGAUCAGAGGUCCAGAUGUCAAAAUUAAGGGACAAGGUGGAAAAUUCAAGAUGCCACACAUCAGCAUGCCUUCAGUAAAUGUUUCACUGCCUAAAGGCAAAAUUGAGGACCCUGAAGUUGAACUAGAGGGAGGUGUUGGUGGAAAAAUGACACACCUAAAAAUGUCAGAUGUUGAUCUCUCACUUCCCAAAGGAAAGAUCGAGGGUCCAGAUGUUGGCAUUAAGGGAGAAGGUGGGAAAUUUAAGAUGCCACACAUCAGCAUGCCUUCAGUAGAUGUUUCACUGCCUAGAGGCAAAACUGACGGCUCAAGUGUAGAAAUAGAGAGAGAUGAUGCAAUUGAGUUUAAAAUUCCUGAUGUUGAUAUCUCUCCUUCCCAAAAACAGAUUCAAAGUCCUGAGAUGGAGGUUAAAGGGAGCAUUCAAAAAUUUCAAAUACCUAUGGUGAAAAUUCCUGACGUUGACAUUUCUCUACCAAAAGGAAGAAUUCAAAGUUUAGAGAUUGAAACUGAGCCAGAUAGUGAAGGUAAUUUUAAUUUGCCACAGAUUGUGAUGCCCUCAGUGGACAUUUCACUACCAAAGGUAAAAAUGGAAGGUCACAAAGCUGAAAUUAAAGGCGAGGGACAGUUCAAGAUGCCAAACGUUGACAUAUCUUUUGAAAAAGGAGAAAAAUAUAUUGAUGCACCAAAGGGGAAGGUGAAGGCAGGCGGAGGAUCCAUGCCUCGGUCACACAUAAAGAUGCCAAAAAUUGAUAUUGCACUUCCUAAGAGUAAAAGUAAAGCCACGGUGGAAAACACAGGAGGAAAAAAUGACUUACAUGGUGAGGGAGAACACACAGGUCUGAAAUUUAAGGUGCCAGAAGUACAAAUUAAAGGUCCAAAAGUAGAUGUGGCACUUGAUACUGGACAUCCGCAAACAGAAAGUAGGAAUGAAAGGAAAAAAGUUGAACUACCUGACCUGGAUCUCAGCACAACAGGAACCAGCAGUGAAGUAAAGGGGCCUAAAAUUAAAGGGGCAAAAUUUAAGAUUGGAAAACCAAAGAAAAAAAAUGGCAAAGAUUUAACAGAAGAUGUACAAACAUCCAACAACGGUAAUGAGGAGCUAUUUGGUCAAGUUAAAAUCUCAGGUGAGGUUAAAGAAAGGUUUGGCAAUGAAGAUGCUAAAUCCCACAAUGAGCAUAAAGAGCACAAAGAUCUGAUUAACGUCUUGGGCUCAAAGGUAGCACUAGGAACUGUGGGAGAAGUUGGACCCUCUUCAUCUAGUGCCGAAAUUAAGGUCCCCAGGAUUCCAGACAUUGAGUUUGAUAUUGGUACAGCACAAGAUGAAGAUGACCAAACAGGAAGAGAAAGGAAAAUUAAAAUUCCUAAGUUUGGUGUCCCGCUGCCGUCGCUGUCUGCCCCAGAGAGAAGAAUGUACAAUCCAGACAUUCAGUACGAGGGCCCAAAAAUUCCCAAAGUAAAGAAAGCUGUGUUUGUCUUGGUAAAUCCUCAAACAGAUGAACCGGCUGCUUCCACUGGCCACCUAGAAGCUGAGAUGGUAGCUGAAGCUGAAACAGGGGGCGUCAAAGCAAAAAUGCCCAAACUCAAAAUAAAGCCAAGCUUUGGGAAGUCCAAAGAUCAGACCUCUGUAAGCACAGAGUCAGACGGGAGAGACAAGUCAAAGGGAGGGAAGAUGAAAAUGCCCAAAGUGUCAUUUUCAUCAGGAAAAUCAGGGUCUUUUGAUGUAGCAACAAAGGGAGAAGGUUCAAGUUCAAGCCUCAACGGUGAAAAGGAUUCAAGUCUUCACACGGGAGAUAAAGGGACAUUUGGUGGAAAGAUCAAACUUCCAAAGAUGGAGCACACUAUUCCAUAUGAAGAGAUGGCUGCAGGAGAGGAAAGAAAUCUUACAUCAGACAAGAUGGCAGACGAAGAGCUUUGUAAGGGGGUGGUGUCCUCCAUCGCCAGAACAGAUCUGCUGGACAGGGACAGCUCUGAGUCCCCCACUGGACUUACUGGAGAGCUGAGCUCCACGAAGCUCCAGGUUUGGAGUGAGGUGGAGAGACGAGGCAGAGGGGGGGAAGAGGGGGAGGCGUCCUCCUGGUUCAAGGUGCCCAAGUUCUCCCUGAAGCCACCGGCCACAGGCUUCCUUCAGAUCACCCCAGAGGGCUCCCCCCAGGCCCAGCGGAGGGGGGAGCUGGGAGGUGACACUGACGUUUUGGGCUCUUUCUGCCUCCACACCUCUGAGCUCGACUUUAGCUCUCAGGAAACAUCCGAAGAGCAUCAAGUCACCUCCAGCGAGGAGGGAAGCGUCACCAUGGUAACCAAGACCACCAGAAUCACUCAGCGCAUGGUCAGCGCUGAGACGCGGACAAGCGAGUCUUCGACGUCGACAACAGUAACUCAUGUGUCAGACUCAAGGAAAUCUUAAACUUCUUUUAUGUGUUUUGUUUUUUUUUGCUGAGGUUGCAGUGUUUGUGUAAGCUCCAAACUUCUAUUAAAUCUUUAUUUCAUAUUUUAUUAGGUAUAAAUGUGGUGAAGCCAGUGGCUUUUCAUCAGCCAGCAGUGUUACAGCUACAGAGUAAUAUAUUUACAUCCUGUUUUCUUUUUAACAGUCAUUCUUUUUUUAUUGGUCUGAAUAUGUGCUAUUGUCCUGAUUAUUUAUCUGACUUUGUUUGGUUUAAAGGUUUUUUUCCCACAGAGUGUCAGAGCGGUAGUUUUUUUUAUUUAUUGGUGUUUGGGUGUGUUCAGAAUUCACUGGAGCGACUGAUUCAUCGAUUCAACCACUGUAGUUCAGGUCAGACAUAAACUUUUUGUAAAUACAACUUUCUUUUAUUUCCUGUUCAGCAGUCAUCAAGUUACAUCCUCUGACCUGCUCAUGGCUAAACGCGUGCGCGUGUUUAGAUUCUAGCCCAUGCUCUCCUUUUUGUUUCUGUUGGAGCGUGUAGCUGGUGCUGUUACCCAGAGGUGGCCACACUGAGGGACCACGACACUCUGGAAGGUUUUUCUUGCUGUGGGGAUCGAACCUGUGUCCUUCGGGUUCCGGGUGCUCUCCAAACGUUUAAGCCAACCUGCUGCUAGACAGUUUGUAUCUGUGUUUUUACUGUACACUGUCAAAUCGACACCACUGUGUAGUCUGCGAAUGAGGCAUUAGCAUUUAGUUGCAGAACAUCAGCAAACUUUGGGCUGAUUUGAGGGUUUGGUGCAGCUUUAAAGGUAAAACUGUAAAAGUCUUGAUGCUGAUGAAGAAUUAACAGAUAUUAUUUUACUUGCAUGUUUACUGGUGAACCUACUGCCGUACGUUUUGCAUUGACUUCUAACACUGCUACUGUUUGUUAAAUAGUUAUGAGCUGAGAGUAGUGAGCUCUCUGCACACGUUCACGUCUAGAGAUUUUAACUUUUGGCCUUUAAUCAAUUGUUCGAUCUUUUUAGAUGAUUUCAUUGGCAAAUGUUGUGUCAAAGCUGCAUUUGAGAAUGUUAGUUACGUUGUUACAUCAAUAAAAUAAUAUUCACACA